GGUGUUAGCCGUGCUAUUCCGCUACGGUAAAAAGACGUGAUUCAGUCCCCAAGACCAUCGUCUCUCGACACUCUUCUCAGGUAAUGGCAACGGUUCGACUUCCAUUCAAGAAGAUGUUCAAAAUUUCUCACUGAAUUGGAUCUGUGCGAGCAAAUUAAGGACCAUUCUUCGCCAUUUCGGUGUCGAGCAUUCGUGUGUUUUGAAUGGGCUACGGCUUUGUGGUGCGUCUCGUUUCUUCUCCAGCUGAUUUAGCUUCCGUAUCCAAUCAAAGUGAUCAGGACUCGCGGAAAAAUGCGUUCUUUAGCUGUUUUACUUAUGCAGAAUUGAUUACUGUGGGGGGUCUUCGUUGGGAUUGGGCUUGAACAGCUUUUUCAAAUUUGUCAAUUUAUGUGAAUUGCUCACGAAGAUUGCAAUGGCAUGCUAAUGGUUCACCUUCGUCAUACUGAACAGACUUGCUGACACCUGCUAUCGCGCACGAAACAAAAACUUUGUUUCUUGAUUUUUUGGAUCUAAGAUUGGUGUGGCUUCUGUGGGUGCUAUCUCCCUCCAUGCUAAUAGUCCUCUGUAUUUUCAUUUUUGUGUGGUUGUUUGUAUACAGUCCAAUGGCAGGGUCAGGGAGUUCCAUGGUAUACUCCUUACCGCUGUUUACCAUCGUUCUUUCCCUUCUAGAAAUGUACAGAACGAAGUUGGCGUCAUCGGAGCUGUUCACAAUACUCGGAGGGUUCACUAGUUCUAUCCUAUUCCUUGUCCUGGUAACGUUCAUUGGCAACUUCCAAGAAUCGUGUGGCAUGAGAACUGGUUGGGGCGCUGUUAUAUUGGCUGAAGCAGUAGCCCUCAUUGCUGCCAGCACUGUCCACAGUGUGUAUCACCACAUUCUUCUUGUUCUCGGCUGGUCUGCUUUAUGAAGUUAACAAGAUUUCGGGGUCGAUGCUUUCCAAAAGUGAAUCCAAGACAAAGAGGCACUGAAUUAUUAACUCGACCAUAAGAUCACUCCUGCUCUCUAAGUUUUGUCAGUGUAGUGAUUUCCAGUAGAUGUACUAGAUAUCUGUUAUUGUUAUUGCAGAUGUGAUUGGCAUUAGACGGAAACUCUUUCCGAUUGUCCUCUUCCUUAAAUCUUAUUUUGGCAAUAAAAUGCGGUAGAGAGCACAAUCCAUGUCCGUCGCCAGAGUCAUGGAGUCCCGUUUGAG